UCACCAUCAACACUCGUACCAAGAACUAUGUCUGGACAACCUCCGUAUUGGCAGGCGCCUCAGGGCCAGCAACAGCAGGGCUAUCCUGCUCAGCAGCCCUACGGUUAUGCGCCCCAGGGACAGCAACCGAAUCAGCCCUAUCCUUACGCGACCCCGCAGCAGUCGUAUCCUCCACAGGGUCAAGCACCAAACCAGCCUUACUACUCGGAUCCAUCUCAACAACAGUAUCCUCCUCAAGGCCAGCCAGGUCAAUAUCAGCAACCCCCUCAGGGCCAGCCACAACAGCCAUACCACGGUCAGCAGCCUCAAGGAGCGCAGGCUCCCUAUGGCCAACAGCCUUCUCCCGCUCCAUAUGGGCAGUGGCAGCCUCCUUCUAACUAUCCCCCUCAACCACAGUAUGGUGCGCCUCAAGGUCAAGCACCAUAUCCCGGCCAGCAGCCCUACCCAGGACAGCAAGGACAGCAAUGGCAGCAGCCCCCAUCACAGUAUGCCUCAGGGCCAGCGCAGCCUCCCGCACAACCCAAACCAGUCAGCAUCCCUGAAAAAGCAUCGCCAGGAUAUGACCCUCAGCAGAAGCUUGAAACAAUGGCCGUUGACAAAGCGGCCGAUGUUGAAGCUGUUCGGAAAGCCAUGAAGGGUAUGGGUUGCGAUGAGCGUGCCUUGAUUCGCGUUCUCACAAACAGCAAAUAUCGCAACCCUUGGGCCAUGGCGCAGUUUGUCGAGGCUUACAACAGCCGCUUCCUGCGCGACCUGGCAAAGGACAUUGAGAGCGAAACAAGGGGUAGCUUGGAGACAGGCCUUCUUGCGCUGAUACGUGGACCCCUGGCAAACGAUGUCUAUGUCCUGUCAAAAGCCUUGAAUCGCCUGGGUACUGACGAGGAGGCUCUUAACGAUGUUCUUCUCUGCCGCUCGAACGCAGACAUUCGUGCUAUUGCUGCCGAAUACAAGCGUGUUAGGGGCAAGGAGCUGCUAUCUGAUAUCAAGGAUGACGUCGACGACACCCUUUUCAGACUCUAUAGCAUGGCCCUCUCUGGAACCCGGUCGGAGGGCAUCACGGCAAUCGACCCCGUGGAAAUCGAUCAAAAGGUGACGGAGCUUCAGAAUGCAACUGAAGGACAGAUCGGCGCAAAUGCUAUUGUGGUGGCCCAGAUCUUCACCAGCAGUAGCGACCUGCAACUUCGCGCCAUCAGCGACGCAUACCAGCAAAAGUACCACCGAAGACUCAAGGAUGUGAUCGAGAAGGAGUUCCGCGGCGACUUGGAGGAUGCUCUGCUUAUGAUGCUCGAUCAUGCAACAGACCCGGCACUCUUUGUGGCAUCCAAGUUGAACAGGCCCCUGAGGAGUUCGCGCAAGGAGAAGCACUUUAUCAACAGGCUUCUCGCGCUGUAUUGGCGCCCCAACGGCAUCCAACUGGCACGAACAGGGUAUGAGCAGUAUUUCAGGGUUUCGUUGAGGUCCGAUAUCAAGGCUGGCUUGGAUGGAGACUUUGAGCAGUUGGCUCUGGCAUUGAUUGGUGAGAAGUAG